AGUGAGAACAUAAAAAAUGCAAUUACAGUAGAACUCCAAUUAUCCGAACUCCGACUAUCCGAAUCGCCGAUUAUCCGAAUCACAAAAAAUUGUCCAAAAAAAGUCUAAGUGCGCUAUUAUUCUUCCCCCGCGAAGCCAGUGAGAAACAAGAAUAUGGAGAGGAUGAUGAUGAUGAAGAUGCGUUGUCACUAGAGGAAAUAAGAAAAAUGAUUGUAAAAAUUCCUGGUUGUACAGAAGUAAGUGCUGAAGAUGUAGGAGAGUGGAUGGCUUGUGACACGUCUGACCCUGGUUUUCAAAUUCUCAAUGACGAUGAAAUUGUUGUAAGUGUGAGAGAAGAUGUUGAAGUGGAAGUGGAAGAAGAACUUUCUGCUGAUGUUAAAGUAGACGCUGGACCAUCAGCUAGUGAAGCAUUUGCCGGCCUCGAGACUGCUUUGAAGUGGAUGGAGCGUCAGCCCGAGUGUGACCACUUGCAACUGCUCACCGUCAAGCGAAUGCGUGACCUGGCUGCCCGAAAACGGUGACGACCGCAAAACAGCUUACAUUGACGGAGAUGUUUAAAAAACAAUGAUUUUUAUUUCUAAGCUUGUACAUUUUAUUUAUAUUUAAAACAUGUGAAAAUUUCAUGUUUCUUUCAUUUAAUUCAAUAAAAAAAUAGUGCAAUAUCAAAACGUAGCUUUUAUUCUCUCCAUUGGCAAUUUAAAAAAAAAACCGAUUAUCCGAAUAUUUGAUUAUCCGAAUGGGUCCCGGUCCCCAUUAAUUCGGAUAAUUGGAGUUCUACUGUAUCUACAAAUCAUAGAAAAGCGUAACAUACAUAUGUAUGUAUAUGGAUGUAAGAAUUGAUGUGCAUUUGCAUAAACGGUGCUCUAACAAAGGUGAAUAGCCUAAUUCAUGGUCACGGUCAUCCGAUU